CAUCGCCGACAACAAUUCCCUUCCCACCCCCCAAAAUACGCAACAUACUCAACCAUUCUCCUUUCCUCCACCCUCCGAUUCAUCAACCCCACGGGGAAAGGGCCACUGAUCUUUAACUCUAGUCUAGAUUCCUGGAUAAACACGGGGCUGGCUCCAGUUUUCCGGACUCAUCCAUUCUCCACAUCUCGCUUUUCAAAGGCCGACCGCUCAGCUUUCGGUUACCCGCCGAUUUUUCCGGGGACAGGUUCGUUGCACCCUUCACCAACCCAGACUGCCUUGGUCCAGCGUGUCCGACCUGAAAUCAGUAGCGCAGUCAAACCACCACACGGAUUCCGUUUUCCGACCUUCAACGUCAUUCUAUCUUCCACCCCUGUCCAAGACGCGGAACCCGUGUCCCUUUCUCCCUUUCCCCGCGCACAACCGGCCCGAAGCAUAAUCAGAAAUUAUGGGAUCGUUUAUGGAAGAUCUUUGGGCGAGCAUCUUUACCCCAGGUCCCACUCCCACCCUGCUCGUUGCCACCAACGCCACCUUCGCUGCUCUCCAGCUGGUCCUCUUCCUGCUCCUCCUCGGCACGUAUAGCGUCCACUUCGCCAUCCUGUCCGCCCUCUCCGCAUCACUAUGGUAUUCGAUCAACUGGUUUGCUCGGGAAUUGGCAGCGGUGCAAGCCCAGGAGGCUGAGAAGGCGAAGAACCAACCGAAGGAAUUGCUCGCGGAGAAGGACGAUGAUGGCGAGAGGAAGUCGGAAGCUCGUCGGAGAACCCCGGGGGCUCUCGACAGCACGGACAGUGACACAGAAACAGAAGGCCUGAUGGAGCGUAAAAUCUCUGCUGCGUCCGCCGCACCUCCGCAGUCCACCACCUCCACCAUCACGACUGCGGCCACCCUCCAACCGCCCGAGCAGCAAGGAGAAGUGCGGAAGCGCCUCAGCGUGAGUGGAGAGAGCUCCGGCUAUGUGAGCACAGAUAGCGAGUGGGAAAAAGUGGAUAACAAAGCCGCUGCCUAGACAUAAGUAUUGCGUGGGUAAAAAUUGCAGAGCUUGCCUUUCAUUGCUCGAAUACCUUGGCCCAGGGAUGGCAUUUUUAAAGAUACUUCAGCAUCAGAUUAUAUAAAU